UUUCCAUUUCCCAACUUCUUCUCUCUAGCGAAGCUUCGUAUCCAUUCGUUUUCCCAUAUAUUCGUAUAUACAAAGCUGUACACUGUAACUUCUAAAGCUAAAUGGAGAUCGGGGACUUCAUCGUCGGAGGAUUUUAUGGCGGCGCAGCAGGCGAUGAUUUCUCGCCAGUGAAGAUGCUUGCUGCUGAACGCAAGCUCUCGGAGAAUUUCACCGUCGAUGAUCUCCUUGACUUCUCCAAUGAAGACGCUGUUAUGAAUGACGGCUUCUUCGAAAAUGUCGCCGGAAAUUCCACCGAUUCCUCCACUGUCACCUGUAAUUCCUCCGUUUCCGGAGGCGAUAAUCACUUUUCCGCUGUUGAUAUCCCUCACUCCUCUCAGUUCUCCGGAGAACUCUGCGUUCCGUAUGAUGAUUUGGCUGAACUUGAAUGGCUUUCGAAUUUCGUUGAGGAUUCAUUCUCAACGGACCAGAAUUUACAGAUUUUCGCCACGUCAAAAUCCCUCACACCUGAAUCGUCCUCUUCCUCAACCCGUCCCGAUUCCUUAAACCGGAGCCCAACCAACCAGAUUUUCCAACAGGACACUCCCCUCCCGGGAAAAUCCCGUUCCAAGCGUUCAAGGAUCGCCCCGUGCGAUUGGUCCACCCGUCUCCUCCACCUCAACCCUAAAUCCGCGGGCCAGGAAAGAAGGGACAACCGGAACAGCAAUUCGGAGUCUUCGGGACGGAAAUGUUUACACUGUGCGGCGGAGAAGACACCGCAGUGGAGGACGGGGCCUUUGGGUCCGAAGUCGUUGUGUAAUGCGUGCGGGGUGAGGUACAAGUCGGGUCGAUUGGUACCGGAAUACCGACCCGCUGCGAGUCCGACAUUUGUGUCGACGAAGCAUUCGAAUUCUCACAGGAAAGUUUUGGAGCUUAGGAGGCAAAAGGAUUUCCGAAGAGCGCAUCAUCAUCAACAGCUUAUUAGUCGAUCUUCGAUUUUCGGCAUAUCCAACGGUGGUGGUUGUGCUGAUGAUUUCUCGAUCCAUCAUCACGGCGGGCCGCAUUUUAGGCACAUGAUUUAGUCCCAAAA